AUGGCAUUUGUAUAUCUAUGCAGAGACAAAAAAGAUGUAAAAGAAGUCAAAGAACUUCAGCUUUACCAUAUUUUUAAAGAACACAAAAGUUCUUUUCUGAUUGUGAUUAACGGUGAUGAAGAAUCAAGGAAUCUUACUGAACUGGUGUCGAAAGACUGGCUUACGACGUGGGAGUACACCGACGAGAAUACACUAUGCUUGGCAGCGAAGGGGCGUAUUUUUACUAUCUUGGAAACUUUUAACGACGGUCAAAAGACGGCGAUAUUGAACUACCUGGAUCGUGUACCAUUCGUGUCGUCAUUAGAUGGUGUUCGAAAUGUGUUGGUUCUCGGGUGCACUGGUGAUUCUGACGUGACUUGGUAUAUCGAGGAUAAUCCCUUACUUAAGAAAUGUGAACUUGACGCGGACCAUGUUUGUGCAGAUAUCAAUAUGUUUACUAGUUUUGAUUAUGAUAUGAAACCCGGAGUGCGCGCGAACGAAGCUACAAUUACUCUAUUUCACGAGUGUCCGAUUCAAGUCUGUGAACGUCAAGACAUUGAGCGUACAAUAUCAGAUGAUUUGCUUCGACUGAUUCAGAAAACUACGAACUCAAGAUUUAGACACGUGUUUGACAGUGUUAUUAUUAAUUGUCAUUGCAGUGAUUGUUUUAACACAGUCAUUGACUCACUGGAGGACAUAACGAUCAAAAUAGGGAAACAACACGCUGGAUCGAUUAGAGAACACCUCGCACGGAAUAUCAAUGAAAACCAGCCGUGGGUGAUUCUCCCCUCAGAGGAUUCUCAAAAUCCGUGUUUUAUGUGUGGAAAACUAUCUGAGCAUGACGCACCGGUUUGUGUGGAUAUGUCGCUAAAAUGUAAUGGUCGAAACAACUGUCCAGACGGCAGCGACGAAGAUUACUAUCUCUGUUAUGGAGAUUCCUGUGUGGCGAAUCUACAUUCUCACCAGUUAUGUGACGGAAUUAAGCAUUGCAUGGACGGCAGAGAUGAAAAAAUAGAUAAGUGUAUUGGACGAGAAAACAGAAUCGGUCUUGGAAUGGCCGUCACGUUGUAUUUCUUCACUCCUCUCACCAUAGUGAUGGCGAUUCUCGUGUUGUGUGUUCUCUGCUGUGGACGAUGUGAUAGACGGCGUUACACGAUCGAGAAAGACGCAAUUACAUAUUCCGAGUCUAACGUUCUGGACGACUCGAGGCACACCGCCAGGCCAUGCAGAGUUGUCUAUGAUGGUAACGAUGGAUCGUACAGACCUAUAGCAGUAUGACGUGGAUUUCAUGGGUUGCUUAUAAACAGCAAAUGACUAUUCCUGUUUUCAUCGUUUAUUUGAACGAGUUGCAUUGGAU